UGCCAUCAAUAUCAAUACUAUUCUGCCGGUAGGUAAGACUUCCGUCCUGCCAACGACCGACUACAGGCACAAACUCUCGGAACCAUCGCCCAGCGACAAGCACCGGAUUGCGCGUUGUUCGGACAUACACACCACUGCGCCGCGAUCGAGAGCACCAACUCGUCGCGCACCACACAGAUUGCCCCGUCGCAUUCUCAAAGAGGCCACGCAGUACAGCUGCGAAUUUAAGGACCACCUGGAUCCGACGGACGGCACGAGUGCACCACGACAGGAACUGCAACAACAAACACAGGGUGUGUGAUCCAUUUGUUGUUGUUUUCGGUUUGACUAGAAAAAACAACCACAAAAACCAUUAAGCGCAACUACGACAGAAUGUCCAGAGACGGCGGCGGCCACUCUGGCCGAAACGGUAAGUGCUUCGCUGUUCGAUUGUUGGUGUCGCACUGCUUUGCCCCCUCUCCUUUGACGAAGAAAGUCGCUCACUAAGGCUCCAUGCUUCUCUGUUCCAAUCUGCUCGUGUUGGGGUCGUUCUUGUUCUUGUUCUUGUUCUUGCGGUGCUGCAUCGAAACGAAACGAAUUGCAUCGUGCUGCGUCGCAUCUCAUCGCAUUGUAUUCCAUUCCGUUCUCUAGACGGCAACUGGAACAACGACGACAACGGCUGGAACACACGCAGGCCGAGAGGCAACGAUCGGCGCCACCAAAAUAACGGUUACAACGAUGGCAGCCGCCACGAGUACCAAGACCAACGUCGCCAGAACGAUGGCUACGGCCAGAGGGGUGGWUACGAUCGGCACCGCGACGAUCGACACCGAUCGAACAACCACCGCCACGGUGGUGGUGGUGGACACGGACGUGAAGGAAGGGACUACAACGACGGCUAUGGUUCCUCCUACAACCAACAAGGGAGGAACUACCACGGCGGCGGUGGCAGGGGCACCUACAACCAACCCCGGGGAGGCCGGGGCUAUCAUGGUAACAAUUUUGGCAACGACGGAUACCGUGGAGGAGGAGACCGAGGUGGUUACAACAACGGUGGCGGAGGAGGACGGUAAGCAAAGCAUCGUACUGUACUGUACCACGACACGUUUUAUAUUACAAUCGAUUCAACGAGAUCUCCCGAUCCUUGUUCGCACGAUGUUCAUUGUUUCACACACCCUUCUUUCGGAUCGGUUUGUGAAAAUGGUGAACGCUGAGGCGUCGAACCGCACCGGCUCAUUUAUUGCAUUGUCUACUUUUUGCCGAUUGCUUACCGCUUUCCUCUUCUUUUUGGAUCCUCCCGCACUAAAACCCGAACCCAAACCAACAACUCUCGGGUCAUCUACUGAUUCGAUUCGAUUCGAUUCGAUUCACUUGGCGUGGCGUGGCACAGAGGUGGCCGUGGAGGCCGCGGAGGCAGAGGCGGACGAGGAGGAGGAAGAGGAAGGGGUGAUCCCGACAUGUCCGGCCUCAAAUCCUGUCUUUCCAACGUCAUGCUAGCCGAUGUUGCGGAAAACUUCCAAUUCUUUCUCUAUUCGGUKGAAGUGUCAAACGAACAGGGCGAGCAAAUCGAGAGCCGCCACCGCCGCAAAUUCUUGUUCGAUAUGGGCCUCUGGAAUGGCUUGUUCAAAGACAUGCCCGACAAGGAGAAGGCCGACCUCCAACGCGUCGUCUUCUUUCAGGGAUCCUUCUUCUACUCGGCGAGAAUGAUACCGGGGUUGCAAGCCAAAAACUUGCCUCUCUUGCUUCCCGUGACUCAAGAGGCAGAAGGCGACUAUAUAAAGGUCGUGAAUGUUUUUCAUUACGUGACGCCCGUGGAACUCCUCCAUCCCAAGGCAGUGUCAGCACCGAAGGAUUCAGAGGUUCGGCUUGACUUGCGCUGCAACGAGUGCACAAAGUGCUUCGGUGAUCUUGGGUCCCUCCUGCAGCAUUGGUAAGCAACAUCUAGUGUAUUUUGGUUCUGUGCCCGCUGUGUCCUCUGCGAAUCAAUGAAAUAAAUGUGUGGUGCACGGGGUUGCAUUCGCCAAAUCUGACUGCCCUUGCGUCUGUCUUCUCGUUCGUCGCGAUUGCGUCGUGCCUGCUCCUCUCUGCUGACGUCGCACCGGAAGCCAAUCAACCGGGCAUACACCGGUCUAUCCGGCGGCCGACAUUGCGAGUGCUGACUGCAAACCAAUUCCCUGCAACAUGGAAGUGUUUAAUUCCUACAUCAACGGUGCUUUGCAACGAGCUCUGGGUGAACGGCUGGCCCGGUGGGGGGCGGAGUACAUUGACCCCCAAAAUAUGAAGGAGCCGGUCGACAAACAAGGCAGACCUCUGGGAGUUCGUGUGUACGAAGCCUUCCAUUGCCAGUUUGGAUUCCUUCGCAACGAAGGCGAGGACAUUCCGCGCGUCGGAUUGACGGUGGAUCUGCGAGCAAAAAUCGUCCGCACGAUGAGUGUCCUGGACAACCUGGCAAACGAGGCGAACCAAGAUCCGGAUAGGUACCGACCUACUCGCCAAGAGGAGGAUCGUGCCCGUCGUGCUUUUAUCGGCGAAGUGGUCAUCUCCAUGCACGACAAAAAGUGCUACUCAGUCACGGAUCUUGUAUUCCAGCAUUCUGCGAACUCUCUGGUUGUCGAGGGUCUCRGCAUGAGCCAUGCUGAAUAUUUUGCUCAGCGGAAGAACAUUCAAUUGAGAUACCCGGAUGCGAAACCCAUGGUUGCCGUUCUUGGUCGGAGAAAUCAGACAAUAUACCUUCCGCCCGAACUUGUCGCCGGAAACGAACUCGAAGGCCGCGUAAAGCAACAGCUGCCGAUGAUUGCUAGCUACAAACCAGACGCGAGAAAUCGUGCAAUCGAAAAGAUUCGUUCGUAUCUGGUCCCCGGAGCACAGAAGAGCAAGAAUGCGGGCGGGCUCUUGCCCGCCCUGGGCAUUCAGCUAGCUGGCGGACGCCUCAGUGCCAAGGCCCAAGUCUUGCCAACACCGAUGCUGAAGGCAGCGGGUGUUUCGAUUCCACCGAACAAGGGAUCGAACUGGGCUCCAUUCCUUACGAAAGCAGACUUCAAGAUCAAUCCUUCCCAGUCAAACGAGUUGCAGGUGAUCGUAUUUCACAACCAAAGGAUUCGUGGAGCAAUUCAAGUCUACAACAAGGUUCGCAACUUCGUAAACAAAUUCAAUGCCACUUACCGCUUCGGUGACAAGCCUACCCAAAUGAUCUCCGCCGGUAAGURAGAACCACCUGUUUCCAUUCUUGCUUGUUUGUUUGCCGUUUUUGAGCCGAAAAAAUUCUUCGCUGCGUUUCGUCGACUUUUUUCUAACAUAACGAUGUAUCCUUCUUCUGUGUCUGUCGUCUUCUGAUCUGUGCAUUAGGUGACAUGGAGGGACACUGGGGUGCGGUAGAAAAGUGCUUUUCUGAUCCGUCCCUCAAAGCAGAAAAUGUGUUUGUCCUUGAUUUUAACAAACCCAGAGGGGCUACGGACCCUGCAUACCCCGUGAUCAAACAGAUGUUGACGAAGAGCGGAUUUCUCUCGCAAUUCGUUAACUUCAAUACUUAUGACCACUCAAAUCCGAGGGACCAGCGCCGUUCAGAAAUUAUUUUGAACGGUGUUGCYAGACAGAUUCUUCAGAAGACUGGCUUUCGUCUGUGGUGGGUGCACAUCCCCAAAUCACUCCCCACUCCAACAGUUUUUGUUGGUGUUGAUGUUUUUCAUGCCCCUCGCAUAUACGAUGUGAAGGCGAAGAAACGCGUUGCAAAAGCGUCUUGUGCGGCUAUAAUUGUGCAGGUUUACCGCAACUCGGGUGAACAAAAGGCUCAACAGGUUGAGCUGUUUACGAAGACUUUUGCAAGGGAAUCCGGCAAGGAAUACGAUCUUGGCGACGCCCUCAAAGAAACAGUAUCGGAAGCAAUAAAGGAGCUCAAUGUAGCACCUACUUCAUGUAUCGUGUGGCGCGACGGCAUUGGGGAAUCGGCAUUUAACAAUGCAGCUCAAGAUGAAAUCACCGCCAUCCAAACAGGUCUCAACAAAACUCCGGAUGGAAUAGCAGAUAGGGAUGUCCCCAUGUCAUAUAUUGUCGCACAGAAGCGCAUUUCCACAAAGUUCCUUUCCGAAGGGAUCGCUGGUCAACCAGACGGCAAAUAUGGUGCGCCCUCUGGAACGCUCGUCAAGGGCAUCCAAAGCUAUGAACACGAAACUUUCUAUCUGAACGGCCGUAAGUAAUGUUUUUCAUCUCCACCCCUUGUCGGUGUCCUUGCCUUUUCAUUAUGAUCAUUCGACAUUUUCCCACCCCUAACAAUUUUUAUUUUUGAUAGGAGCCCCGCCCUACAGUACUCCCAAACCAGUGCGUUUUAUUGUGGUGAAUAAGGAUCCCCGUUUGAAUCAGGUGCCAAUCGAGGAACUAACCUGGAAUUUGUCACACGACUAUCCGAAUUGGACUGGACCGAUCAAGGUACCGAGCGUCACUCAAAUGGCGCACAAGUUGGCAGAACUUGGGGGCUCUUUUGCCGACUGCGGAAAAAAUAUUAAUGCGAAAAAGCUGAAAAACAAAGUACAUUUCCUUUAAUGACUGAAAACAAGUUCAUUCCAGUAUUUGCAUCCUUAAGUAUCGAUUUCAGAAAGUCCUUGAAUGAUCUGGGCAGAACCAUCUCCUACAGCGACCCUUGGCGUUACUCGUACAUAAAGAUGAUUAACAUUA